GUCUGGUCCGGCUGGGAAUUUUUUCCUUCAGUAAAAUGCUUUUUUUUUUUUUCCUUAUAGAAUUCGAAAAAAAUUGCGGAUUUCGGCGAUUUCAAAAGUUAGGUUUAUUUGAUUUAUUCUCCUCAUCGGCUUACCAGUUACAGUUGUGGAGCUCCGAGCCUCGCAACGGUCGAAUCGAUUAGCUGCUGUGAAUUAGGGCUCCUCAGAGAUGGCUAGCCGGCCUACACGGUCGAGGAGACCACCACCAGCUCAGCAACAUGAGCAACAGUCAAGGGCCAAGUGGACUAAUGACCUCACUAAGAUACUUUUAGAUUUGAUGGUUGACCAGGUUCAGAAGGGGAAUAAACAAAACAAAUCUUUUGGGAAGAAAGCAUGGAGGUUUAUGUGUGAUGAAUUUUAUGAGAAAACAGGUCUGAAAUGGGAUAAGGAGCAGUUGAAGAACCGGUAUGCUGUCCUAAGGAGGCAGUAUGUCACUGUAAAGUCUCUUCUUGAUCAAAAUGAUUUCAGUUGGGAUGAAUCCACAGGUGCCAUCAUAGCCAAGGAUGAAGCUUGGGACCAAUACAUUAGGGAACAUCCUGAUGCUGAGACUAUCAGAAGCACUGGCUGCCCAAUCUACAAACAGUUAUGCUCAAUAUUCACAGAACCAGGAAUGAAUGGGAAGUAUGGCAACUCUAAUGAAUACGAGGAUGGGACUCCUUUUAUGGUUCCUUGUCCAGAGCCACUGAACACAUUUCAUGAGGAGUCAUCAUCAGAAUCUGAGGAUGAGGCUGAUGUGGCUGAUGAGCAAGAGAAGUUUCAAUCUACUAUGCUGAGUUCUGGUCAUCGCAAGAGGGGGCGGAAGGGAAUUGAUGAUAUUAUUGCAAAUGCUAUAUUGGAGAUGGCUGCUGCUUCAAAACUGAGGACAGCUGCUAUAGAGCAGUGUAAUGCCAGAUUCUCUAUAGCUACUUGUGUUAAAGCAUUGGAUGAGAUGGAAGGCGUAGAUGAAAGAGUCUAUUUUGCUGCUCUGAAUUUAUUUGACAACCCAAAUGCGAGGGAGACUUUCUUGUCUCUCAAAAUCGACAAGCGCUUGACUUGGUUGUAUGGCAAGUGUACAGCUAGAUCUAGUUCCAUCCAUUGAUAGAGGGAACAAUUCUGUAUUUGGUGAUUAUCCAUUGGGUAAUUGAUGAAGCCAAAUUAGAGUAGAAUUUUUCAGUGUUGCAGGAGUUUUGAAACAUGACCCAAGUAUGUUUGGGUUACAGUAUACUCGAGAGUAGUGCAUAGUGUUCGUAUAUUGUCAUGAGACUAUUUUGGAGUUUUACAUAGAAACCAUUUAUAUUUGUAGGUGAGGGUUGAAAUGCAAAUAAUCAAUUUGCAGUA